AUGGCGGGAUCAACAAUAUCCAUGGGCCAGUAUCUCUUCAGGCGUAUCAAGGAAUUAGGGACCGAACAUAUUCUAGGUGUUCCUGGUGACUUUAACCUUACUCUCCUCGACGAGAUCUAUAAAGUGCCUGGCUUGAACUGGGUCGGGUGCUGCAAUGAGCUCAAUGGAGCAUACGCUGCUGAUGGUUACACAAGGAUCAAGGGCUCUCCAGCUGCCCUGAUCACAACCUACGCCGUUGGCGAACUGUCAGCUAUGAAUGGUGUCGCAGGAGCCUACGCCGAGCAUGCAGGAAUGAUCCACAUUGUCGGCAUGCCUGCCAGACAGAUGCAAAAGAAUCGAGUCAUGCUCCACCACACUAUGGCACCAAACAUGGACCACGGCAUCUAUAUUCACAUGGCCGCACCCAUUCGCAAGGACCAUGCAUUUCUGAUGGAAGACAAGACCAUGGCAGAAGACAUUGACCGCGUCAUCGUUUCUUGUGUUCAGAGCAGACUGCCAGUAUACAUCUAUGUCCCCGCUGAUGUCGUCUCCGUACAGCUGGAUGCCAAGCGCUUAGAUACCCCCUUGAAUACGUCAAUUACCAAUCCUGACAGCAAAACAGAGGACAGGAUUGUAGAAACAGUACUCUCUUUGAUCGAAAAGGCCUCAAACCCAGCGAUCUUGGCCGACGUACUCUCCAUUCGACAUGGAGGAUUACAAUUGACCAAACAACUAGCCGAGUUGACAAGUUUCCCCAGCUACUCAACACCUUUGUCAAAAGGAGUCAUCGACGAGACAAAACCAUACUAUAAUGGCUGCUUCAACGGCCGCGUAUCAUUUCCGGGAGUUGCGGAUGGCCUUGAGAGCUCAGAUCUGGUGUUGAACAUCGGACCUCUUCUGUCAGAUUCGAACACUGGAGGGUUCACCAGAUACCUCAACGAUGAAAAUGUAGUACGUCUGGGCCACGACUUUUGUCAAAUCAAAGACGAGAAAUUCGACAACUUUCAUUUCCUCCCUAUACUGAAGCGAAUUGUUGCCGAGCUAGAAUCUUACCCUCAAAAGUUCAACGUCCCAAGGCGGUCGUCCAAGCCGAAAAUUGAGCCACCAGUUUUGAAUAAGUCCGAUUCGGGGAAAAUUGAGCAGUCAUUCGUCUGGCAGAGACUUGGUCGAUUCUUGAAAGAGGACGACAUUGUUCUCGCAGAAUCCGGAACUGCACAAUUUGGUGUACCAGACUCCACUUUCCCUCCGAACAUUCGAUACAUUACCCAGAUCUUCUGGUCUUCCAUUGGUUUCACCGUCGGGGCAUGCUUUGGAGCUCUCGUUGCGGCUAAAGAGCUCAAACACUCCGGGCGGGUGAUUCUGAUCGUUGGUGAGGGAAGUCUACAAAUGACGGUGCAAGAGAUCGGUAGCUAUAUCCGCUACGGGUAUAAGCCCAUUAUCUUCGUUAUCAACAACGAUGGCUAUGCCAUCGAGAGGGCGAUCCAUGGCCCUGAACAAGGCUACAACGACGUCAGCAUGUUGUGGGAUCAUCAGAAAAUGCUGGAGUUCUUUGGUGCGCGGGAAGCUACUGGAAUCAAGGCAAAGAGCCAAAGUGCAAAGACUGUCGAGGAGCUGGAGGCGGUGCUUACUGACGAUCACUUUGGAAGUUGCAAGGACAUCCAGCUUUGCGAAAUCUUCAUGGGCAAAUUCGACUACCCUUGGAGACUGUCGGAGCAGAUCAACAUCGCGAGAGAGCGAAUGAAGCAAGCCGCGGAUGCAUCCGCUGCGGCCAGUGUUACUGGUUGA